GGGCUUUCGGGAUCUGCUGGGGUUUCCGUGUGCUUUCGUAUGACUUGAAGCAUUUUCUAACACAGAAGAGAUACAUGCCUUACGAUCUAGUGUGUUUGAUAGUUGUCAUUUCAUAUAGUGGCGAGGGGACACACUGACACUUAGGAUAUUGGGUGUGUUGUAAGGGAGGAAAGGAUUACAACUCGCUACCGUGAUGGAGAUCGAGCUGCCAAAAUUGCAUCAGAGUCAACAGGAUAUGGACCUGAUUGACAUCCUCUGGAGGCAGGACAUUGACCUGGGCGCAGGCCGGGAAGUUUUCGAUUACAGCCACCGACAGAAGGAGCACGAGCUCGAGAAACGGAGAAAGCUUGAAGAGGAGAAGCAAGAGCAGCUCUUGAAGGAGCAGGAGAAAGCCCUGCUCUCUCAGCUGCAACUGGAUGAAGAGACAGGAGAGUUUGUUCCCCGGCCACCACAGAGCACUCAACCUGAAACUACAACAGCACCCACAGAGGCCCCACAGAAUGUCCUUUUCUCAGAAGAAGAAGGAGAGUCGUUGUCAUUUGACGAAUGUAUGCAGUUGCUUGCAGAGACAUUCCCUUUGGUAGAAGACAUUCAGCCUUCAACACCGUCACUGGAUUCUGCGGUCACACUUGGGGCAGGGAGCAGCCAGGUCUUAAUGGCACCCCACCAGCCACAGCAAGUUCAUCCUUCUCUACUCACCUCCUCACUGCCUGAACAGAAAACUGUUCAAGACUUGGAGCAGGCUUGGCAGGAGUUACUUUCCAUCCCAGAGCUGCAGCAGUGCCUUAGUAUGCCACUCGAAGACAUGACUGAUUUGACAGGCUACACAACCACAAACAAGCCUCCAGAGCUACAGAAUGCAAAUUACAACUACUACAUGUCCAACCCUGAUGAAGUUGGAGCAAACACACCAGAUACUCUGUGCCCUUCGGGAUUUCUCAACACAUUUGAAAACUGCUAUACCAAUCUUGUUCCCCCGGAGAACCUCAACCAGAUGACACUGAAUGUCUCAGAUCUAGGCGCAGCCUUCAACACUGAUAACUUCUGUGAUGUGUUCUAUCCUGACCUUCAACUCAACUCAAAAGCACAUGGUAACAUUCCGCCAGCAAGCACUGGAAACAGCCCACAGGCUGAAGUUCAGAGUGGGCCACCACCAAAACCAAUGGACAUCACCGAGUUUACACCGGGGGAUGGUUUUGAGAACAGCAAGCCUCAGAAACUGACAGAAUUUCAUGAUUCUGACUCUGGGCUGUCAAUGGAUUCAAGUCCUAAUGCGGCCUCACCACAGAAGUCCUCUAUUUAUGGUGACACAUCCUUUGGGUAUAGUGAUUCUGACCUUGAAGAGAUGGACAGCGAUUCUGGGAGUUCCCCAUCCGAGCACACAGAGAUGUUCCCGAUGUCAUAUCACAUGGACGGCUAUCAAGUACCACCUUCUACUCCUCCACAGGCAGGUGAGUCACUCAGCCUCACAUCGAAAUUACAGAAGAAGGAGCUGCCAGCAAGCCCUGGGCAUAGCAAGCCUCCGUUUACCAAAGACAAGCAAAAAAGCCGCGCAGAAUCUCGUCUCUCACGAGAUGAGCAGCGAGCGAAGGCACUUCAGAUCCCUUUCUCCGUUGACAAGAUCAUUAACCUUCCUGUGGAUGACUUCAACGAAAUGAUGUCCAAGCAGCAGCUCACUGAAGCACAGCUGGCUCUGAUCCGGGACAUACGCAGACGGGGCAAAAAUAAGGUGGCGGCGCAGAACUGCCGCAAGCGCAAAAUGGAAAACAUCGUGGGACUGGAGUACAACCUCGACUCGCUGAAAGAGGAGAAAGAGCGGCUCCUGAAGGAGAAGGGGGAGCACGACAAGAACAUCCGGCAGAUGAAGCAGCAGCUGAACAGCCUCUACCUGGAGGUCUUCGGUAUGCUUCGCGACGAGGAUGGCAAGCCUUACUCGCCCAGCGAAUAUUCGCUGCAGCAGACAUCUGAUGGCAGCGUUUUCCUUGUUCCCCGUAGCAAAAAAACAGUUCUGAAGAAAGAAGUGAAUUAGCGCUUCUCUGCAUACAUGGACAUUAUUUUUAUACUGCAAAGUUGUGAUAUCUGUACCAAUUAUGCUCUAAUAACACUAUGCAAAAGAAAAAAAAGUCCUUUUUAGCCAUUAAAUUGCUUUCAGACAAUGUAACAGCAAAAUUAACAUAUAGUAUAUGCAUACUGUAUAUUAGUAUGCUGAUGUCUUAAUUUUCCAAAUCUACUUUUUCUUUUGUACUGCUGUUUUUUUUUAAAUGUUUCCGUUCCUUGGUAUGGUUUGUAAAUACAUUUCUAUCUCAUUUGCUAUUGAACUAUGAAAUUUAUAGCACAUUUUAGUAUGCUAAUGAUUUUGGUUUUGUUGCCAGUCAUGGUAUAACUUUAAAAGUCUUUUCUAAAUGAUUUCCAAAUUAACUGUUCAACUGCAGUUUAUUUCCUUUGUGCUUUAUAAAAAAAAUAAACUAUUUACUGUAAAUGG